CGAUUGUUUCUGUAGCUGUUGCUAGAUAAUCUACAUACAAUUGCUGGCUGAAACCCUCUUCUUCUUCUUCCUUUUUCUUCUUCUUUUUUGUCUUUCCCGGUCCUAGAACGGCGGGUUCUUUGAUUCGGGUACUGAAAGAAUUGAAAGAAUUAGGGAAUAAUGAGCGCAACGGUAACAGAAGUCAAGCCUACGAAGGCAAACAUUGGUGUCUACACCAAUCCUGGACAUGAUCUCUGGGUUGCAGAUGCGAAACCGUCACUAGAAGAGGUGGUUAAGGGGGAGGGGUUGAAGCCAGGGGAGGUCAUGUUGAGCAUCAAAUCGACAGGCAUUUGUGGAAGUGAUAUUCAUUUCUGGCAUGCUGGCUGUAUAGGUCCCAUGAUAGUAACCUCGACUCACAUUCUCGGCCACGAAUCCGCCGGCACGGUGCUGUCUACCCACCCAUCUGUCACUACGCUCAAACCGGGCGACCGCGUUGCAAUCGAACCCAACAUCCCUUGCCACGCCUGUGAACCCUGCUUAAUCGGCCGCUACAACGGCUGUGAAUCCGUGGAAUUUCUGUCCACACCGCCAGUCCCGGGUCUCCUUCGCCGUUAUGUCAACCACCCGGCGGUCUGGUGCCAUAAGCUGCCCGACAACAUGACGUUUGAAGACGGCGCGAUGCUUGAGCCGUUGAGUGUGGCGCUGGCUGGUAUGGAUCGCGCGGGAGUGAGGUUAGGAGACCCAGUUGUAGUGUGUGGCGCUGGCCCAAUUGGACUUGUAACGUUGCUUUGCUGUCGAGCCGCGGGGGCGACACCUCUAGUCAUCACGGAUAUCGACGAAGGAAGACUGAAGUUUGCAAAGGAAUUGGUUCCUGGUGUGCUUACGCACAAAGUGGAGUUCUCGCACACGCCUGAGAUCUUCUCCUCCAGCAUCGUGAAGCUCAUGGAGGGGGUUGAACCCGCGAUUGUCAUGGAAUGUACCGGCGUUGAAAGCUCCAUUACCGGUGCCAUCCAAGUUGUCAAAUUCGGCGGCAAGGUCUUCGUCAUUGGUGUUGGGAAGAACGAGAUAAAGAUCCCAUUUAUGCGUCUCUCGACGCGCGAAGUCGACCUUCAGUUUCAAUACAGGUAUUGCAACACUUGGCCGAAAGCGAUACGGCUAGUGAAAAGUGGGAUCAUUGACCUUAGGAAGCUGGUUACGCAUAGGUACAAACUAGAGGAGGCAGUUGAGGCCUUUAAAACAGCGGCAGAUCCUAAGACGGGGGCUAUCAAGGUGCAGAUUCAGAGUUUGGAUUAGCGAUCGAGGGCUGGGAAGAGAGGAGAGAGUGAUAAUUGAAGGAACUUCGGAUGGCAUGUCUCGUGUAUUGUAGGUGAUUAGUUAGCAUUUCAUACAACGGCGACGGGUCUGAAGGUGGAGUCGGGGUCCUACACAGAACAAAUACU